UAGCUUUGCGACGCGUCCCCACUGACACGACAACAUAGCAGCGAACUGCAUUAGCAAGGUCGAAAGUAGGACAAUAACGUAGACUUUGUACUUUAUGCUCGUCCAGAGGUCUUGUUUUCCUGACUGCGGGCUCUUGCCUUUUGGAAACAUCCCGGAUCAAUAGCAGCAGAGUGCUUUGCACGUCCUAAGCGGUAUUUUCGUGCGUGCAGUGGUAGCGGCUUGUUUAGCAGUCAUCAUGGCUAUGGUGGGGCUGAGAGCUUCUUACCACAGAAUCCUGGACAGGAUCGAGCAUAUUCUGCCGGCUAAAUUAAGACCUGUUUAUAACCACCCUGCAGGUCCAAAGACUGUUUUCUUCUGGGCACCAAUGUUUAAAUGGGGCCUGGUCAUAGCUGGCUUAGCAGAUUUGACGCGUCCAGCAGAGAAACUCAGUACCUCCCAGUCUGCUGUGCUGACAGCCACAGGUCUUAUUUGGUCCAGGUAUUCAUUGGUUAUCAUACCCAAAAAUUGGAAUCUCUUUGCUGUAAACUUCUUUGUUGGAGGUGCAGGAGGAUCACAGCUCUACAGAAUAUGGAAGUAUAACCGAGAACAGAAGGCAAAGGAUAAAGAAGCUCAGGCUUGAUACCAGUCCUGUGUAAAGUGCAUCCAGAGGACCGAAAGGGACUCUCCUCGACCGGUACCCCGGAAACUUCCCCUCCAUCAUCAGUCAUCCAAAAGAGCCUCCACACACUUUCUUUCUGAUCAGAGAUCAUCUGAUUCUUUUAGAUUUCAGGUCAUUGUUCUGUGCCACUAGUACCUAGAGCAACAAUUAUUACAGUUGUUAAUAACGCACAAAAUGUUACAUAUUCAUAUUAAUAUAAUAAUAUGAUAAUAUGAUUGUACAUUCUUUAAAAACCUGCAUCUCGAUAAAGAUGCUUUCCAUCCAAUAUACUUGAGUUGCCAAUUUCUUCACUCAGCAUCUGUCAUACUGUUAACAGAAUGUCUCCAAAUAAAAAAAAGUCUCUUUCAUUA